GGUGGGGAAUAUCCCUUUCCUUCGUCUCUCCCCCUCCGGUCUUAGGGUGAUACAGACCAAAGAUUAGACAGUGGUGUUUUCCUGAGUUGUUACUAAUAGCUGAACCUAAAGCCUUGAAUUGGGGUCACGGUGGCGCGAUCUUCUCACUUUCUUACUCCGGCUUCUUCUACAACCUGAUGCGAGACUAGAUCUCUUAGCAAAUGCUGGCAAGAAAAUGGCCUGCACAAUAGAAAAGAUCUUGACAGAUGCAAAGACAUUGCUGGAAAGGCUGAAAGAUCACGACAACGCUGCUGAGUCGCUCAUUGAUCAGUCCACUAUGUUGCAUAAGAAAGUAGUAGCCAUGAAAGAAGCUGGUUCAACUCUUUCACACAAGUAUCAAGAAGAUGCAGCUGAACUAAAGGAUCUCUCUAAAUACAAACCUCACAUUCUCUUAUCUCAGGAAAACACUCAGAUCAGAGAUCUGCAACAGGAAAAUAGAGAGCUAUGGAUGUCUUUGGAAGAACAUCAAGAUGCACUGGAACUUAUUAUGAGCAAAUACAGAAAACAUAUGCUGCAGCUCAUGAUGAAAAGAAAAGAUGUAGAUUCUCAAUCCGUUUUGCAAGUACAUCAAACUCAGUCUGAGGAGAUUGAGAGUCAGAUUGACAUAAUCUGUGAAAUGGGAGAGGUUAUGAGAAAAGCAGUUAAUGUUGACAGUGAUCAGUAUUAUAAAGUACAAGAAAAGCUAGCACAGUUAGAGCUUGAAAAUAAAGAGUUACGAAAAUUAUUAUCAAUCAGUAAAGAAUCUGUUGAAGUGAGGCAAGAAUUACUUGAUGUUGCAACUGAAGCUACAAAACCUCAGUCCUGGAACAGUUGAUCCUGGAAAUUGGAAACUCUACUGUAGGAAUAAGUAUGCUUCCUCUCUGAGCUUUCCUUUAAUUCCCUUUAGUCUUCUCUUGGAAACCAUUCCAAGCUUGUUACUAUAUUGUAAAUUCUGUGCUUGGGGGGAUAUUGUAAUAUCCUCUUCUUUGAUUAAGAUUUGGUUUGCUUAAUCAUGCAGAAGAAUGAAAUAAAUGUUUUCUUUGGGUUAUCCAUGAUUUUAGAAAUCUCAGUAGGAUACAGCAAGGGUCAUCUUUACUUUUCUAGUGUGAGCAAAUAACAUUAAAGUCUUAGCAUGACUUAAAUUGCAUUGGAAUUCAGUUCUUAAAUAUAUUUAGGAUGCACUAUUGUACAAAGCUUAGGCACUCCUUAAUGCUAGAAUUUCUGCUUCUAGCAUUGUUUUUGGUGCUGCUUUUAUUGUAUCAUUUAAAAAUAUACUGUCAUAUUACGUAUUUCUUACUAUCAACAAAGUCACCCAGGGUCACCUUGUAGGGGAGUUAAAAUUUAGCAUAGAAAUGUAAUAAAUAAAAUAAAUAAAUACCGAAAGUAACACAUAAUGCCAAAGUGUUCUUUGAGUCCUCAUGCCUAUGACUAUUUCAUACAAGAGAUGUCUCUGUGGGUUAUAACAAAGUCUGGUAUUUCUGCCUACCUAGAACGUUCAAUGAGUACAAUAAUCCAUUAUGGGGCAUAACCUCAUUAGUCCUUUUUCUGUCUAUGUCAAUAUCUACUUGAUCAAGGAAUCUAAUUUCUUAUAGCCACAUUAAGCCACUGUGCAUGGAUGUCAGGAGGGAGAGAUAUGUGGAAACAAGUCUCUGUUAUAUCCUAUAGAUUACUCUGUGUGUAGGCAUUUGCACAAAUAUGUCAUACAUAUUAUUCCUGUAAAAGAUGAGGUUUACUUUUUUGCAAGCACCUGCCAAUAUUUUAAAAAUUAUUUUCCUUGAAAGAUUGAUGAUUGAAGAUAGAUAUGCCUAAUAUUUGUUAAUAUUGUUCUAAAGUAUACAACUUAGAAAUGUCUCUUUUAAAAUUUCUUGGGUAUCCAUUCUCUGAUGGUAAAAAAGAAUCUAUGAAAUGUAUACAUAUUGUGCACAUUUAUUUUUGCUGUCCUGGUUUAACUAAGUUUUAGGAAUAUAACUAAAUAGUCAAUUUUGCCAGUUUCCUUCUUGCUCCAUAUGUUUGGUGGAAAGGAGUGAUAGGCUAAUUGAUCAAAUUCAUCUGGGGGUAUUUUCAGGUUUUCACAUUGAAAAUUUUACUUUAAAGGCUGAGCAGAUAAAAAAAAAUUCUUAAAAUGUGGGCCCUAUUUGCUGAACAAAUUCAGUAUCUUUGCAGCGUUAUGCCUUAAAUAUAUGCCUUCGGUGCUGUCUUCAGAAUCAAUAAGCUCUUGUAAUGAACUGCAAUUUGCCCAGUCUUUGUAUAGGCUUUGAAUUAUUUACAUCCUGUAGGAUGUAAAUUUAAUUACCUACAGAGGUGUUGUAUUAUUGUUUACCGUCUUAACAGCCUAUUCUAUUCAGUAAAUUAAAAAUAUUAUCUUUA